UAUAUAUACAUAUACAUAUAUGUAUGUCACAGCGAGGUAGUGUGUUCACGGUUCAUGCAAGCAUAAGCGCCUAAAUAUUAAUUACAUUACGAAUGUUUUUGCCGGAGUAACACUCAUGUGAUGGAAGGUGUGAUCAAGAACGUAUCACGAAUGACAAAACAAAGAGAAAAUGGGAGUCCUCGUUAAUCAUAGAUCUUACAACUUGCAAACAAGUAGCACCGAUGGACGCGGCCAUGUUUCCUGGUAGCAGAAAUCUUGCCCAUUAAUAAUUCAGGAAUUUUGAACCACGAAGUGGAACGUGCAGAAUGCCGAAAUGCGAUGUGAAAACAAGAUAUCUACCAGCAAUGUUCGCGUGGACAGUUCUACUCGUAACUACGACACUUUUCUUUUGCUUCCCGUGUCAGUAUUAUGUAUUUCGGUGGGGUACGUGGGUGCCAGCUCUUCAAGGAGUUAUAACUUUCUUUGUACUGACGAAUUUUACUUUGGCAACAUUCAUGGAUCCAGGUGUUAUACCGAAAGCUCCUCCUGACGAAGAUCGAGAGGAUGACUUCAGGGCUCCAUUGUAUAAGAGUGUUGAGAUCAAUGGGAUUACAGUGCGCAUGAAAUGGUGCGUUACAUGCAAAUUUUAUAGACCACCUCGUUGUAGCCAUUGUAGUGUUUGCAACCAUUGUAUCGAGACAUUUGAUCAUCACUGCCCAUGGGUCAACAAUUGCAUUGGCAGAAGAAAUUACAGAUUUUUUUUCUUUUUCCUUCUGUCCCUUAGCUGUCAUAUGCUUAGUAUAUUUGGACUUUGUUUGUAUUUUGUAUUGGAGCAUAAACAACAAUUAGGAGAAGUGGACACAAUUGUUGCACUUGUGCUAAUGGGUGUGGUAAUAUUGCUGUUUAUUCCAAUUUUUGGAUUAACAGGCUUUCACGUAAUACUUGUUUCUAGAGGAAGAACAACAAAUGAACAGGUAACAGGCAAGUUUAAUGGAGGUUACAAUCCUUUCUCAAAAGGAUGUUUACAAAAUUGUUGGUAUACGCAAUUUGGACCACAAUAUCCAAGUUUAAUUAAGCCUGAUAAAUAUUCAGGAAAGCGGCGCGGUGCAUGUACAUCUGAGAUAUCUACCAUAGACAGUGAGAACCAGGUAAAAACCUACAUGGAUAGCAGCAAUGGUGUUAGAAAUGCCAGUUCAAAUGCUUACAAUAAGUUAUCCCCUGGUCGAGAUGGUUCAGACACAGAUAUGGAACCAACUGCAUCUCAAUCAGCAGAUUGUGAACCUACGCCGCCCUUACAAAGACAUGGUUCUAAAAGCAAUUUCUUUUUACCACCCGUCGAAAGUAAUGAAUCUCCUAGGCAUCCUCAACCACCACAACAUCGUCAUCCAAUACAUUAUCCUAGAGGCAGUCCUCAUCCAAAGCCAAGGGGGAUGAAUGGAUCGCGUAGUCACACACCGGACCCUUUAUCACCGGAAGUAACUGGUUCUCCUGCUACGGCACCUCAACGAAAUCAGGGUCAAGGUGGUGCCAGUCCAACAAUGCAACAACGUAUUAAAGCUAUCGGAGUACCUACACCACUUGCCAUUUCCAGUCCCAUACGCAGAUCCAAUCCAGGUACACCGACGCAGGUUCGUCGGCCGGACUUUAUAGGAGUGAAUGAAGCACCAACGUAUUAUGACGUACAACAGGGAAAUAGUAUUGGUGUUGGUGCAGGCGGUACCGUCGUUACCGGUUAUAGUCCGCAACGACGUUUUUUAUCGGAGAGCGAGCUCGUCCGGCAGGGUGCCGAUCAUUCGUAUUCAAGAACCAACAAUACCGUUGACAACAUUCGAGAACUUGCAGGAUCCCCACAGCGUGGUGCCUAUAUGUGGAAAGAUAAUUCACCAGGCAGCUACCAAGUUCAACAAGGAAGCGCAUCAUCGACCACAGCACAUCAGUCUCCUUCACAAAGACCACCGCCGCCCUAUGAUUAUUAUCGCUCGAAUCCAACUAGUCCUACGCAACAAUCUUAUACUACGGCUCCAAGAGCAGCGUAUCAUCCUGCUAUGAGAGGUGGUGUCCCAGUCUUCCCACCGCAUCAGCCACCACAUCAGCAAUCACCACAAGUUAAAAGAAAGGCUGUGAUGGCUACGCCUACUACCCCAACGUCCGGUGAUACCAGACGUAGACCGAUGUCAUUUGUAAGAGCAUUAGAAAUGACGGAUUCUAUGGAAAUGGUAUCGGCUCCUAAUGAUCCAAGGUCGCAAAGGCCUACCACACCAACGCCAGAUCGAGCGAGUGUUUAUGAUAUGAGUUACGAGAUAUCCGUAUAGCCCAUCUUUCCAGUCUCCGUACAAUCCUGCCGUUGGACGGAGAGAGUGCAAAUAUUGUUACCCUUAUGCGUCUCUCGUUCAAAUCAAGAAGGAAGGUACAUUACUUACAAAAUAUCCGUCUGAAAAUGAGGGAGAAAAAGUAAGCAGCAGCAGCACCAGCAGCAGCAGCAGCAGCAGCAUUCGUUGAUAUUGAAAAAAACAUCAAUGAU